ACUAGAACUUCAAGCAGCAACUUAGUUUUUCUUUAGACUAAAAUAUAGAUAGAGAAAAUUCUACUUAAUAUUUUACUAUAUAUUCUAGUCCUAUAUAUAAAGCCUACUCGAAACUCUCACUGAAUGCUAAAAAGUAAUAAAGUCUUUGGCUUGCAGCCUUUUCAACUCAUAUAAUCUUCUUCUUUUAAAGCUGGCAGAUUUCCUCCACCCCCCACCCCCCUACUCCACCUUACCCCCUUUCCCACUUCAAGAAAUACCCCAAACCAUUCUUGAUUUUUAGACAUAGAUGGUGUAGUUUCAAAAGUCAUAGUUUACUGUGAAAAUCUUCGAUCAAAGCAGCAAAAAGAAUAUAUUAGCAAUGUUGGAGUACGACUGGGGAGAACAAUCAUCGGUUAUGCUUUCAGGGGAAGAAGCAAAUCAAGGAAAUGACCAAAAUCACCAUCACUUCUUUGACCCUUUUGCAAACACUAGUCAUCAAACUUUCACUGAAAACCCAUCUUUACUAAAUCCCCAACAACACCAUUUUCUUAACACAACUCACCACCAACAACAAAAUCACCAAUUUUUUCACCCCCAUUUGAACAACACUACCCUUUAUGACCCACGUGCUUAUGAAACCACUUAUAAUCCCACUCAAGGGACCAUGCCCUCACUGCACCAACAACCACAUACUGGGUUCAUAAUGGUCCCAAAAAGUGAACCACAAUUUAUGGGUGGGGUUCGUGAUUUUGCGAGCACGAGCCGGAUUGGGUUGAAUUUGGGCGGGCGGACUUAUUUUUCUUCGUCUGAAGAUGAUUUUGUGAACCGACUUUAUCGACGUACUAGAGCAGUGGUUGAAGGUGGUUCAGUAGUGAAUACUCCUAGAUGUCAAGCUGAAGGCUGUAAUGCUGAUCUAACACAUGCCAAACAUUACCAUAGGAGACACAAAGUUUGUGAAUUUCACUCCAAAGCUGCUACUGUUAUUGCCGCUGGCUUGACUCAACGAUUCUGCCAACAGUGUAGCAGGUUCCAUCUGCUGUCUGAAUUUGAUAACGGGAAGAGAAGUUGCAGGAAACGUUUGGCAGAUCAUAACAGAAGGAGGAGAAAAAAUCAACAAGCAAACAUAGAAAACAGCAACAAGUCUCAACUUGACAGUACCAGAAAUUCCUCAUCCGACAGUCUUGCAAGGUCUCCACCAGAUUCAGGAGCUCAUUCAUCAUCAGUGACAGUAGCAAUUUCACCACCAAGAAUCUCACUGGAUUGUUUUAGGCAAAGACCAUAGAAAAAAUGCUGCUGCUACAACAUUAUUUCAUCGUUGACAAGUUCAUGA